UAUUCCCAGUCCCUUGUCCCACGCUCUCUGCGUGAGCCCGCAAUGCAGCUGUCAUCUCACACGUGCUGUCUCAUAAAUCCAAGAUGGAGGUGCUUCCAUCUGCUGUUCAUCAACACAUAGACGCGAUCUCGCUUGCCCAAGAUGGUACCCUUGGUCUGGCUUCUUCUAGUUUGAGCGGUAGAACGUGGGAUGGUUCCGUUUGGAUUUUCAGAGAACCUUCGACAGCUCCCGAAGUGGAGUAUAGUUGUGGAAGGGCGGCCACGGAAUCGGGAGUGACGGACUUAAAGUGGCUGGAUUCGAAAAGGAUCGUUGUAGGAUCUGAUAAUGGUGCAGUGGAUAUUUGGAGUCAAAGUGGUAGUUUAUUAGGGCUAGAGAACUUGGCAAGUUUGAAAGAGCACGAUAAUGUUGUUUCAUCUGUUAGUGUGGAUUGCGAGAAGUCGAGGAUAAUUAGUGCAAGCUGGGAUAGAAGUAUAAAAGUUUGGGAUCUGACGUCUGAACAGUGUAUACGCACUCUAAAAGGACACAGUGAUUUUGUUCUUGGUGUUGACUGCAGUGGCACGGAAAAGGAUCUAUUUCUGUCUGCUUCAAGGGAUGGAAGUGUUGUGUUAUGGGACACCAGGAAACCACGUCCUGCAAAACGCCUUGCAGACCCAACACAGUAUGACAGUAUUCCUUGUUGUCUGGACUGGAGCCCCCUAGAUUCUAGCAUCUUUGCCACAGGUUUUGAGGAUGGUAGCAUCCAUGUUUAUUCAAUCAAGGACACAACAAAAAUCAUCUUCAGUUAUACUCCUCAUGGUAGAGCGGUCAAUAGGGUCGCUUUCUCCCCUCGCAGCCCAGAGUGGCUGGCAUCGGUAUCUGAUGACACCUUAGUUCAUGUUCAGAAUGUGCUGAACAAUACUACAGUCUUGUGGAGUGACUCCCACACCGACUUUGUCCGUGGUCUAUCUUGGAGCCCGCAGGACGACUCUCUCUUGACCAGCGGCUGGGACUGUGCCGUCAUCACCCACAUGUGUGGUACGCGUACGUCAUCAGACCUCGCCGUGGAGACGAGUAAGUCCCAGGCCACGUCAAUCAUUUCGCUGGACGCAGAUGGCCAGCCCCGCUUACAGAUGAACGGAGAAUUGGGGGAGGACGCUGACCAAGAAAACAUGGACGUGGAACAAGUCAAUGGGAUGAAACCGCUGACCGAAAGUAAACUCAUUAACGAAGGCUCGACCACCCCAAGCUGAUUUGCAUAUCGUUAUAUACUGUAUCAGUAAACAGCAUACUCUUGAUUAACACGUCCCUUAAGUGGAAUACGCAUCGAUGUUAUAUUUGUUCAGUAAGAAAUAUAAGACGUUGCUUUCGUAUAGGAUUUCCAUGCAAGAGCUCUUCUUAAAGAAAUAGAACCACCUGAUAAUGUCCCAGUUCUGAAGGCUGCUUCUGCUAUUUUCUCAUAAGGCUUUUUCCAGGAACUUGAAAUUACUGGAAAUACCAUUGGAGUUCUUUGACGUCUGGAAGAUUUGCUAAUGCUUUUUCCUCGCUCGACUUUUCGCUUCAUGUCGCAUGUAGCCCAGGCCAGAAUCGCAGAAAGGUCUUAUUGCAUGGAUGAUAAGUAAGUGCAUGUUUUUCUAUUGCAUGAAACCCUUGGCAUUACUAUCGGGCACCGAACAUGCAUUUUGUUACCGACGGGAAUACGAGAGUUGCUCUCGCCACACAGGAAUGUUGCACCCAGGGUUCCGGAAAACAAAAUUUUGGUUGCAAGGCCUCGAGGUCUUUUAGUUACCCUGAGUGGGCAUCGCUUAGUACCCGAUAAAAGUCCGAGUGCGGGUCGCUCAGUAUCCGAUAAAAUUCCGGGUGGGCAUCACUUGGUACCCGAAAAAAAUCCGAGGGGGCAUCGCUCGGUAUCCGGUAAAAGGUUGAGUGGGCAUCGCUUAGUACCCGAUAAAAGGCCGAGGGGGGCAUCGCUCGGUACCCGGUAAAAGGCCGAGUAGGCAUCGCCCGUGGUGACUUCAGGUGUUAAAGUAGUUAUUCAGUGCUAGUUACUAGUGACCUCAGGUUUGGCAGUUAUCAUGUUGGUACGACUAGAAGGAUAUUUAAGAAUUCGUAAUUUACAACCAGGCAAAUGUUGGUAAACCUUGGAUGAGAUGUGAGGUGAUGGAUCAUCCCGCUUGAUUGCGGGACCGCGCGUAGCCUCUGAUUUCCAAAAUAGCGGCCGGUUGGCUGAUUGAUAUAUGCGCCUUGCGCUAAUGCCUAGUACACACUAGCAACAUAUAGACAUAACGACAUGGCCGCGCGCACUCUUAUCUUUAACAUAUCAACAUGGACAUAAAAAAAAUAUGUUUUUUUUUUUUAUGUCAUUAUGUCCAUGUCGCGAUAGGUCGGGCAAAACAUAGUGCGCGUGCCCAUGUCGUUAUGUUGCUAGUGUACACUAGGCAUAAGAGAUCACGUGUGUUUGUUUUGGUGGCAAACUCGCGCGCGCUCCGGCUUUCGGCGGCAAAAUAACAACAAAAAGCAACUUAUUCAGUGCUUACGAAGGCGCAGCCUUCUGUGUUUAUAUUUGCCAUCCAAAAACUGACGUGACUUCUCAGUGCAAAUCGUCCCAUCUACUUGAUAAAACGCCAUCCAACGCCAGCAAGUAGGCUUGCCUUGUGUACGCUAACCUACGGAGCAUGCCCAAAGGGUUUGGAAAAAAGAGAAACGGAGACCAGGCACGCGCUAAGGAGAGGGAAGGAUGCAUUUGCUUCAUCCUUCUCUCCAGGCGCGCGAUAUGUAUUUCUCAUUUUUCGCGGCUCUGUUCGCCUGCAAAGCAGGCUGUAUGUACGCUGAAGUACCACAUACACAUAACUACACAUAACGGUAUUGAUUGUGUUAAGAGGCCUACUAAAAACGCGUAUCCCAUAAAUGUAAAUUCCCAUAAAAUAAUAAAGUUUAAAAAGGUGAUUA